AUGGCUUUUUCGGAAUGGGACAUUCGUCAGAUGGUGAGGAUGGAUCGCAGCAAGGGCUUCUCCGAUGACGUGGUCAUCUUUGAAGCCUCCGUGACGGUGCUCGGGCAGGAGGACGAGCCUUUGAGCCGCUUUUUGGGAUCUGAGCUUAGAAGUGGACGGCACAAGGCUGGCAUCGCGAUGGCCAUGGGAGGACACAUUUGGAGCAUGGCACGCAAGAAAGAUAUGGGGAAGGAGAACUGCAGGGAUGUCUUUGCUCGAAUGUUGGCUUCAGACAUGACGGAGGCCAAGACGCGUGUGAUCAAAAUCGUGGAUGUGAAUCUGGACAUCAUCCGCUUGCUGUGCGAGUACAUCUACACAGGCACACUCCACGAGCAGCCCUGGGAGAAUUUGGAAACUGCUGGAGCGUUGUUGCAGGCAGCCGCCAAGUACCAGGUCAACGGCUUGGUGCGCUGGUGUUCCGACAAGAUUUCCACGUCCUUGGUGGUGGAGACGGUUGCGGAGUGGUUGGUGUUGGCCUCCCAGAUUGGUCAGCAGGCUGAAACUCUGAAGAGCAAAUGCCUGCAACUGGCGGCCGCCAACCUUUCUGAAGUGCAGGUUAGCGACGGAUGGCUGGCAACGCUUCAUGAAGAAUCCCAGGGUUGUCUCGGAAGUGGCCCCGCAGCUCUUUCAGGUCAUAAGCCCACCACAUCCCAAGAAACGACCCAGACGUGCUCAAGCUCAAGGAGAGAGGGACAAAGCUGGCUGAGCGGUGGAGUUUUCAAAAAGGGAGCUGCACGGAAAGCCGGAAAGCCGUUGGUUCAGUGGACGAAUGGGACACAGAAAUCGCAGCCAGGCACGGUGCUCGUGGAGGUCUUGGGAGGCAUAUCCACGAGUACCACCGGGCACUGGUUUGAAGGCCGCUAUGUAGUGGCAUCUGACCCGCACCUGCGGUGGUGGAUGGAUCAAGGCGACGGCCGUUCCUUGGCGGCGAAGUGUCGCUAUCAUUGCUGCGAGGUGCCUUCAGUGGAUUGCCCUGAGCUGAAACGCGGCCGAAGCUUCCACUUCGAGAAGUUCCGGGUGAUCAAUCAGAAGGAGUUGGAUGCCAAAGUCCCCGCGUGGGCGUUCGGUCGGUCAUGUGCCAAGCUCAUGAAGGCGUACUUGGCCAACCGCACCGAGGAGUUGCCUCCCCCUGGGGGUGACGGGCAAGGCCCUCGUGACGAACUACCUUGGCGUGAGGCCGGUGAUGGAGAAUCUUCUGGCUCAUCGGAUGCAAGUGGUUCUGACCGUGGCGACUUGAAGGCCAAGCUCCAGGCAGCCCGUGACAAGGUGAAGGCGUUGGAGAAGCGCUAUGCCCGGGGGGACAAGAAGGAGAAAAAGGCCAAGGACGGCAAGGAAAAGAAGAAGCACAAGAAGAGGCGUGGGAGCCGCCGUGAGGAGAGAAGUCGCUCAUCUCGCCGACGGCGCAAGAAGAAGGGCGAGCAGUCACCCCGCCGUUCAAGGCGGGUGGAAGGUCCAGAAAAGGACAAGAAACCUAAGGAACGAGGAGCUGACAAGGAAAAGAAAAGGCGAUCUAGCCCCACCUCCCCCGAGGGGAGUGAAGAUGAACGACAGCCUCGACUUUUCGGAGGUGAUGGAAGUGAUGAGUCAGAUCCAGGUCAUUCUGCCCGAGGGCGGCCAGACCAUGGACCUUUCGGCGGUGGUGAUGUGGUUCGCUAUGGGGAAGGCUCUGACAGAACAAAGCUGAACAUGCGGAGCCAGCGCGAGCUGCGCACCUUGUGCACCGUGCUGGACAUGAUGGCCCAGCAUCGUCACGCCCAAGCGGCGGACUUGGUGGGGCAACGAAUCAAGGCCUUGGAGAAGGCCACGGCGGACGGCCAUUGGGCCUCAGCUCAACACCUCGAGCUACUCAGUCCCGAGAUGGGAGGUCUCCUGGAGAGGGACGAGGAGAUCUACACGUCCCGAGAGCAUCUGCUAGAUCUGAAGCUGCAGAGCUACGAGGGAUGGAAGAAAGGUCCCAAGAGCGAUCAAAAGGGCGACCAAGAAAAAGGAGUAAGAAAAGGCAAGGAGAAGGGUCGCGGGAAAGGCGACCCAAUGAGCCUGUGGAUGGAGCGGUGGCAACGGUGGCGCUCGGAAGAGCACAGCCCGGCCGAGGUGCUGGAAGGAUUAUGGCUGCAUUUGAGGUCCCUCCCAAGCAAGCUGGGUCACUUCUCACUGGCGUCUGCUGGGGAUGGGGUGCCUCCCGGGGCUGGAGCCUCAACUCGCGUGAGGGGUGACGACCUUCUGCCCAUCGAUCUGAGGGAAGUAGCCACGCACCUGCUGGAUGCGGGAAGCACCGUUGCCAACAGCGUCGCCUGCGUUCUGAACUCCCUGAACUACCUGGCUCUGUGUUCUGGUCAUGCACCGGUUCCGACCGUGAUGCCUGAGAGGACGCUGACCAGCCCGCAGAAAGAGGUGAUCGAACAUGUGCGUCGAGCUGUAGAGCACCUGGAAGCUACGGGCGAGCGGGUUGCCCCCUUUGAGCGCAUGUCUGCAGAGCUGAAGGAGGCCAGGUUUGACUACUCUGGUGAACCGAUUCUGAUGAUGGAGGACUUAGAGGCUGAGCAGGUUAUCGCGGCCUGGCCGGCCAUUGGCCAAGCGGCGGUUCAGGAUGCCACGACAUUCUUACCGGAUCAUAUCCGUGAAAAGUUGGAGGACCCUCGGGCUUGCCUUCUACCAUUGCAUGAGUGGCCCUCACCAACCCCCAUUUCCAAAGUGAGGGCCUCGGAUGAGGAGUGGCACAAGGUAGUUGCAGCAGCUCACGUGAGGGGCUUGAUGGUCCCCCUUGACCCGGAGGAUGUCUUCAAGGAUGCCUCUGGUGAACCCGUGCUCAAUGGGGCAGGCGCGGUGCCCAAGUUUAAGACCAUCGGGGGCCAAAAGCAGAAGUGCCAGCGGUUCAUCAGCAAUCUGAUCCCCUCGAAUGCAUUUCAGACCCGCAUUGACGGUGAUGACCGCAUUGACGGUGAUGACAAGUACCUCCCGUACCUGGGACAAUUGACCCUCUUGGAGCAGGAGGUAUACCCGGCGAUGGCCGUGGUCCCUAUGGGAUGGUUGAGUUCGGUGGCUGUGGUGCAGGCGAUCGUGCGGAGCCUAGUCUUUGACCAUGCUGCGGUCCCACGGCAGACGGAGGUGACCAAGGUGCAGCCCAUCCCCGACUCGGGGGACCUUACAGUCAUUUACCUGGACUCAUUCGAUGAGCUCCGGCGGCUGGAAAAGGGAUGCAAAGAGGCUCUGGAUGAGAGCAUGUCCGACCGGCAUGCCCAGUUUCUGAGGGUGUGCCGUGAGAAAGGCCUGCCGUUGAAUGAGAGCAAGCGGUUGGUGGCUGCUACCAGAGGGACGCUGCAAGGAGGCUUGCUGGACGGCGAUGCCGGCCGGUAUGGGCUGUCCCCUGACAAGAUGGCAAGCCUCAUAGGGCUCGCCAGCUCACUGACUGGGCACCAUCAGUGGUCAGAAUUCAUGCUACGUCACAUGGUGGGCAAGGCGACCUUUGGCAUGUGCUUUCGGCGGCCGCUCUUCUCAGUCCUGCAAAGCGUGUUCAGUGAGAUCCAGUGCAGGGCUGCCUGCCGUGACAUGGCAUCCCCAGCAGCCACGGUGGUUGACGAGGUCGUGAUGGUCCUGAGCCUGGUCCCCAUGAUGUUCACCAACCUGAAGGCUGGGCUGGACGAAGAAGUGGCUGUGACGGACGCUUCACCCUCCGGAGGAGGUGCUGCAGUGGCGACGCGAUUCAGGCCACCGCCCCUGACUGUUGACAGCGAUCCCAGGACCUGCUACGAGUGUGGCAGCGAUUGCUCGAGCCGAGCCAGGUACCCUUGCCCAGCGGAAUGUGGAGCCAUGUUCUGCUCGCUGGCGUGCGUGAUGGGCCAUCGCGACAUCGACAGGCCAGCGGCUGGUGAAUGCCCGCGCCGCGCCUGGCGCCCGCCCCGCUUUGGUGAGCGGUUUUCGGGAGCAAGGGCACCUCUCAGCCAUGCCGUUGCCUUGGAGGGAAGAAUUGAAGUUCAACCCCCGUUUGAUCUCCACUUCGGCUUGGACAUGUUCACAGAACAUGGGCGGUCAGAGCUCCAACGCCUCAUGGAGGACGAGGACCUGGCUGCAGAGCAUUGGGCCCCUGAAUGUAAGCUGUUUUCGCGGGCCCGGGGCCGGCCGAUCACGUUGGAGGACGGCAGGACCAUCCAAGGUCCUCAGCCAGUGCGUGACGGUCGCCACCUCAUGGGCUUCCCGUGGCUUUCCCACGACACCCGUGCACGGGUGAGGCAAUCCAACAACAUGGUCCUCAAGGCGCUGAAGCGAGGCCGUGACGUCAACAGGCCCAACAGGUACUGGACGGUGGAGCACCCGUACCGCUCAUGGAUGUGGGACUUCACUCUGGUCAAGGAGAUGGAGCGCGAGCCGGACUUCAGCCACUCCGUUGGGUCCUCCUGCUGCUUUGGUGGGCAAAGAGAGAAAUGGUUCUCCUUCUUUGGAGAUCUUCCUACGUUGCCGCAGCACCUGGCGGUUGACUGCCCGGGCCACCAGGGCUUGCUCUCCUACCAAGUCACCCAGCGGGCCGACGGCUCCCUGGUGUACCCAACAGAAGAAGAGGCAGAAUACCCUUGGGAGCUCUGCACUGAGUACGCCGCGGCCUUGGCAGAGCAGCUCAACCUUGAUGGGCGCUUCGACGCAAUGGUCAGCGCCGAGGGGAGCGAGGCCGUGGCCGCCGUCCUGGUCAGAGAAGAAGCCCUCAUGAUCCAGUCUGAGGAACGUGCCCACCUGAAGAUGCUGCUGAGAUCAGCUACUUACCGAGGAACCGACGUGAGGUUCUUCGUGGAACUGGACACCGAUGGGCACCCCACAAUGCAUGAAUUGCGCCACGGGAAACGAUACUUUCAUGUGCUGGACAGCAUGGUCACCCGGGGAUGCUUGGCUAAAGGCCGCAGCAGUUCCCGGAGGCUCAAUCAGGUUCUGAGGAGGCGAAGAAAUAGCCUGAUGUAUGCUGGGCUGCAUCCUCGAACCCUUAGAGCCUAUCGUUUAGCACUGGAUCGUUUCCUGAAAUAUGUGAACAAGCACCGUCUGCCACUACGAAAUGCCAGGUCGUUGGACAAACAAUUAGCUGAAUUCAUAGAUUUAUCGUAUCAAGAAGGAGAGCCCAUCUCCUACGCAGGACACCUGAUGUCCGCCAUCAAACGGUUUCACCCGCAGUUGCGGUUGUCUUUACCCAGGUCGAGCCAGCUCUUUCGCAACUGGCAACGCUGCUAUGUCCCCUCCAGGGCAUUGCCAGCGUCUUGGGACCUGGUGGAAGGCCUGAUGGGCCUUGCGUUUCACGAUGGCCAGCCGACCUUUGCACUGUUGUUGGCUUUAGGCUUUAACUGCCUUCUUCGUACCAGCGAGAUGCUGUCCCUCACCCACAGACAUGUGGUGUUCCACCCACGCCGAACUGGUCUUAGCGUGGUGAUUCCUGGCAGCAAAACCUCACAGGGCAAUCCGCAGGUGCUCUUGGUCACGGACCAUCAACUAGUGCGGCUCGCUAAGACCAUCGUCCAACCUACUUCAGACGCACUGCUUUGGACCGCAGGAGCCCACCAAUUUCGGAGGACGUUCGAUGGAUUCCUGGUGCGACUGCAGUUUUCCUCGGGAACUUAUACCCCCUACUGCUUGCGUAGGGGUGGUGCCACCUGGUACUUCCAGUCGUCACUUUCUUUGGAUGCAACGGUUACCCGUGGCCGCUGGUCCUGCAGCAAAACCGCCCGUCAAUACAUUGACGAAGGGACAGCCCAACUGGCCCAUGCCUCUUGGAUGCCUUCACAAUGGCGUACAGUGCGCGCCUGGAGUCGCUUCCUGCUGAAAGUACGGCUACGCCAGGAGGGCAGAAUCGGAAGUACGUGA